AGACCUUCUUUCUUCUUCUUCAGUAUAUAUUGGACCUCCGCAAGGGUUGAUGAAGGCCGACAAAAUUCAUUUCCUCCGCCAAGCCUGUGGUCAUGUGGCUCACCAGAGGACCUGGAUAUACAAGCCUUGAGGAAUUGACGGAAGACCCAAUUGGUAGGUUUGGAAUAAUAGAAGGAGCAAGUCCACCGUCAUCUCCUGCUGCCGCGGCAGGCGGCGGAGGAAGACCCGGAGAAGAUGCGAGCAUCACAAUUGCCGGCAAUGUAACUACCGACAACCAGAGCGUGACCUUCGAUAGGCGUUCUCUGAUAAUCAAUGGCCGCCGGAAGCUGCUAAUCUCCGCUUCUAUUCACUAUCCCCGCAGCGUCCCAGCUAUGUGGCCUGGUUUAGUCCAACUGGCGAAGGAAGGAGGAGCUGAUGCUAUUGAAACUUAUGUCUUCUGGAAUGGCCACGAACGUUCUCCAGGAAAUUAUUACUUUGGUGGAAGAUAUGACUUAGUGAAAUUUUGCAAGAUCGUUCAGCAAGCUAGUAUGUAUCUGAUACUUCGAAUUGGACCAUUCAUUGCAGCAGAGUGGAAUUAUGGGGGAGUACCUGUAUGGCUCCAUUAUGUACCAAAUACCAUCUUUCGGACCGACAGCGAACCUUUUAAGUUUUAUAUGCAGAGUUUUAUGACAUUCAUAGUAAAUCUGAUGAAGAAAGAAAGGCUUUUUUUAUCUCAGGGGGGGCCUAUUAUCUUGUCACAGGUAGAAAAUGAGUAUGGUUUCUACGAAGCAGCUUAUGGGGAAGGAGGUAAAAGGUAUGCCUCAUGGGCAGCAAACAUGGCUCUUUCUCAAAAGACAGGUGUGCCCUGGAUUAUGUGUGAGCAGUUUGAUGCUCCUGCUGAGGUGAUUGACACUUGCAAUUCCUUUUAUUGCGAUCAAUUCACACCAAUCUCUCCAAACAAACCCAAGAUUUGGACAGAAAAUUGGCCUGGAUGGUUUAGGACAUUUGGGGACAGUGACCCUCACAGGCCUCCAGAGGACAUUGCUUUUUCUGUGGCACGUUUUUUUCAAAAAGGUGGAAGUGUGCAUAACUAUUACAUGUAUCAUGGUGGGACAAACUUUGGUCGUACAUCAGGUGGCCCAUUUAUUACCACAAGUUAUGACUAUGAAGCACCCAUUGAUGAAUAUGGUCUAGCAAGAUUCCCCAAAUGGGGACAUCUUAAAGAACUUCACAAAGCAAUAAAGUUGUUUGAGUCUGCGUUGCUGAACAAUGAGCCUGUUUCACUUUCACUAGGUCUUUUACAGGAGGCAGAUGUCUAUGAAAAUGCAUCAAGAGGAGAAUGUGCAGCUUUCCUUUCUAAUGCAGAUAACAAGACUGAUAAGGUGGUAGUGUUCCGGAAUAUGCAGUACAAUCUGCCUGCAUGGUCUGUUAGCAUUUUGCCUGACUGCAAGAAUGUGGUAUUCAACACGGCGAAGGUCAGAUCUCAAACUUCUACAGUGGAGAUGAUACCAUCGGAUUUGCAUUUUUCAUCAGGAUCAGCUCAUAGUAGACUGAAAGAUCUUCAGUGGGAAGUCUUUAUGGAAUCAGCUGGAAUUUGGGGAGAUGCUGAUUUUACAAGGAAGGGAUUUGUAGAUCACAUCAACACUACAAAAGACACUACUGAUUACCUGUGGUGCACAACAAGUCUAUUUGUUGAUGGGGAUGAGGAAUCAGUCAUAAAUGGAAGCAGCACAAUACUCCAGGUUGAAUCAAAGGGCCAUGUUCUGCAUGUCUUCGUCAAUAAAUUGUUACAAGGUGAAGAUUUCAUCUUUCUUUUUCAAUGCUAGGCUCAUGAUUUUUUAACCACAAACCACAAUUCUUACUUUAUAUACUCCCUCCGUCCCAAAAAGUCUUUCCUGUUUCAUUUUUUGCGCAUCUCAUAAAACACUUCUAUCCCGCCUUGAAUGCCAAAAAAACUUUCAAAAUAACUUCUACCCACAAUAAAGAAGAAAUGUUGUAAAUUUUAGGCAUUUUAGAUGUCGGUAGAAGUGUUUUAUGGGAUGCGCAAAAAAUAAAACAGGAAAGACUUU